UCCUGAAAGGAAUCCGAAAUCGGCGUACAAAUGCCAGCAUGGAGCGUACGGACACAGAGAUGAUGGAGACGGAGAUGGAGGUCGACACCGCCUCCACUGGGCCGCCGGCGCAGAUGUCUUUCACCGGCGAAAGUGACGUCGUCAGGGACUUGCUCACAUUGGCUCGCCAGCUCGUCGGUGAAGGCAAGCCUACUCAGGCCCUCCAAGCGGUUGUUAUGGCAGCGAGGACCAGAGGUGGGGAUGCAGCUGUUGUUCAGUCCUUGCAACGAGCUCGUGAGCUAUACAGAUGUAGGUUGCAAGAAACCACUGCUGUCGAUCAGUUAGCCUCUUUGUUUGCCGAGUGUGCAAUCGCUGAAGCUCAGCCUUCAAAACCCGAAUCAUCCGCAGAUAACAUGAGUGGCCCAUCGGCUGCACCAGAUGCUCAAGGAACUUCUAUACUGGCUGAAACUGGCAGGAUGCAGAUUGUGCUGGAUGCGUUUUCAGAUGGGAGCAGCUUCAUUUGCUUACAGUGUGGAGGUCUUGUUAGCAAUCAUCGGAAAGACGAGCACUAUGCAUAUUGGUGUUGCCAAAUUUGAUGUCAACAUACCUGAGACCAUAUACUUGUGCAAUGCUCCCUCUCAGUCCUUAUGAUUGUGUAACCUGCUUCAACUUCUGUUCGGCUCUGGUGAUUAGUGGUUCCCAGAUUCUCAAACGGUCAUACCCAGCAAGUACAACAUUCAAGUUAGGAUAUUGAGAACUGGUAUUGGCUCGUUUCGGAGUAAAAUUUACAAAAUGUAUUGUGCCGUUAGUCUAGAAUCUUGUCAAUCACAUUUUUCUUGAGAUUUGAACAAUAUUGGGCAGAUUGUUGUUGUAAACGGGUGUGUUUAUUUAGAUGGGUCACAUGAGAAUGGUGAAAUUAGAAGGAAAAGCCCCUUUAUAUUGGUGAUGAAAUUUGAUUUUGAAGUAAUGGAUACUUUUCUUUGCUCAGAUAUCUUGUACAACCCUAUACAGCA